AUGCUAUCAAAUGCACCACCACUGUUGAAUAAAACAAUUGGACAGUUGGUUAGGCAGGAAACUGUGGAAAAACCUCUCAAUCAAUCUUCACCCCAACAACAGUCAAAGAGUGGCACCACCUCUUCAGCAGGACAAACUGUUGUCCUCUCCGUUAUUCCGGAUGAUAAGAAGAAUUUAGAGAGUAGGGGAGGAAAAACCUUGAUGCUCAAUGUGGAGGUUAUUGGAGAAUCGAAAUUUAAAGUACUCUCCAGCACCAAAUCCAAGAUUUCUGAAGUGUAUGAAACGAUAUGUUCAAAGAUUGGAUUAAAUUCGGAAGUCCUCAAGAAGCCUAUUGAUAUUAAGGAUCUGCAGGCAGAGAUUCUGUUUGUUAAACAAUUGCAUCACUUCUUCACAACCAGACUUUUCAAGGGCACUGAAAAGCAAUCCAUCUUGAUGGCUUCACUAAUGAUUCAAAUGAAUUUUGGAGAUUAUGAUCAUGAAAAGCAUAAGAUUGGAUUUUUAAAGCCUCAAAAACGAACAUUCAUAGGAAUGUUCACAAGUAGAGUUGAAUAUUUAGUGAGAUACUAUAUGGAAAUUAAUGCUAGAGGAAGGAAUGUACCUUUAAAAACAAUUUGUAAACAGCUUGAUGAUGUGAUAGACGAUGACACCACUCUUACCUCACUAAAAGUUGGUAGAGGAGAUUUAGAUGAUGGAAAUGUGAGCUUUUUAUUGGAUCCUUUGGAGGUUUGUUGUGCAUAUAAGGCAGAUAUUAGCUUUCCUUGGAAGGAAAAUUUGAAUCUGACAAGUUUAGAUUUUGGUGGAAAUAUCAUAAGAGCCGAAUCUGGAAGACUAAUUGAUGUAAUUUCAUAUUUUACUAAUUUAACAUAUCUUAAUCUUUCUGGAGUGUUCUUGUAUAAUGAAAAGAAGAAGUUUUUAGAAUUUCUCACAGUUAGCAAAUCCUUGGAAGGUUUAGAGUUGUCCAUGUGUGGACUGGAUCACAAAUUCCUCAAAAGUAUUAUGGAAAUUGUAAUGGGACCUUCUAGAUCCAAGCUGAAAAUUCUUAACGUUUCAAAAAACAGAUUGAAAAACAAAUCAUUAGAGCUUAUUUACAAUUCUAUGGAAUUUUUUUCCUAUGAGGAAUUGAAUAUUGCUCAGAACAAGUUCAAAGCAGCCAAAGAUAAUAUGGUAAAGGAAUUUUUCAGGAAAUUGGAGCCAAAUCAAAAGAUUACCAAAUUGGAUAUUAGUGGAAUGAAUAUUGGAGAAAAGAUGGGUGAGUACUUGACUGAAUUGAUUGCUGUCAGUGCUUCACUUCAAGUUUUGAAAAUGUCAAAUGUUUCAAUCAAUGGUCUUGUAUUUUAUAGAAUUGGAAGAAUUCUGAGAACUCAUCCCUCCCUCAGUGAAAUUGAUCUGUCAAUGAAUAAGAUAUUCCAAAAGCUUGGAAUUGAAGAAAUUGAAGAUGCUUUCUUCUUUCUCUCUUCAAACAAGAGGCUUAUAUCCAUAGAUAUUUCAGAUUGCUCUAUCAAUGAAAAGGAAGGUGAAUAUAUUGCCAAAUUUAUGAAGGAAAACACAACAAUAGAUCGCUUUUCAAUUGCUGGUAAUACAAUUUCGACAUCAACAUACGAUUUACCUCCUAUAUGGAUGGAAAUGAUUGAGCAAAACACAAUUUUAAAUUUGUUUGAUUUUACAAAUUGUAAACUGUCAAGAAGAGGAAUCAUAUCUUUACUAAGUGCAAUGAAUAAGAGCAAUAGUGCAAAGGAAUUGUAUAUGGGAAGAAAUUUGAUCGAUUUCACAAUUCCUGAAAUUAGAGAAAAUUUUAAAAAGCUAAAACUCAGAGUUGUGGAUAUGAGAAUGAUGUCCAUAAAUGAUAAACAAAUACCACUAGUUGCUUCCAUCCUCACAGAGAAUCCAUAUAUUGAAAUUGUUAAUUUUGAAUCCAAUCUAGUGACAUUCAAUGGAGGCGAAACAUUUGUUAAAAUUGUGGGAAAGAAGACUAAUCUAAAAAAAGUCGUUUUUGUCUGUAAUAGAAUUAAGGAACCAGAGAAACCAGUUUUAUUCAAUUUAUUUAUUACCCACACUAAUAUCAAUCACGUUGUUUUGUAA